AUGGCAGACGCCGCGCCUCGCCGCGCCGCGCCGCACAGUGGACCAAAUGACACGCGCUUCACCCUAGCUUUCAACAGAAGAGUUACUUUAAAUCCUGUUUUACCCCGUUUUCCUGCUGCUAUAGUUGUGACGUGGGCUACCGCCAAACAUUUCGGGCAGUUGGAAUCGUCGGAUUCGACGUUGGGAGAUUCGCGUGGGCAGAAGCUGCUCCUGCGACAUUGCCCAUGGAUGGCCUCCGACAACUUUGAUUGGAUUCACGAAGCACCGGUCAUCACUAUUCUGGCCACGAAUCUUGCCUUUCUCAUAUCCAUCAUGUGGUAUAUGUUGCUGUGUGACGAUGAGAAAACUGACAUCUCAGGUUAUGAUGACCAGAAUAUGACUUAG